GUCUCCAAGCAUUUCCCUAAUUGCAAAGUCUUCUCAUAUUCUUCUCAUAUUUUGGGGAAAGAAGAAAAAAAAGAGAAACCUUUUCAUAUUCUUGUCAGGAUUCGCAAGCCUUCUCUCCAAUUUUUCCACACCCCUCCUUAUAAAACGGACAUUGGUUUACUCUUACCCAUUCGAAGAUCAUUCAUUCUGAUACCUAAAGAAAUGGCAGCCACCAAGAUAAGCCUGAAGCUGUGGAUCGACAAGAAGAGAAACCGACUUCUGUUUGCUGAAGCAGGCAAGGACUUCGUUGAUUUCCUCCUAGAAACUUUUACUCUGCCGAUCAUAACUGUGGCGGGCUUCCUAAAAACCGAAGACACAGCAGGCUGCUUGCAAAGCCUGUACGAGAGCAUCGAAAACCUGAGCGAUACUUUCAUCCGGCGAGGAGUAAGCAAAGACUUGGUGUUGAAGCCCAAAGUAGUAAUGUCUGGUGCUACGGACUCCCGCCUCUUGCCAAGGGUCGAGUCUUACACAUUCAGCAAAUUCUAUCUAUGCCGGACCUGCGUAUGCAGUUAUUGUACUUACCAGAUCAUGACUAGCGGCCCCAGCUGUAAAGAAUGCCAUUCAUCACAAGUGUACGACGUAUCACCCGAAGUUGAAGAGUUUAUAAGCGAAAACAAGGAGAGUGGUAAUUUCAAGUUCGUGAAAAAGAGCGUGGCAUACAUGGUGAUGGAUGAUCUGAAGAUGAAGCCCAUGUCCGCCAACACUUUUAUUACUCUACUCCUUGAGUAUAAUGUCAAGGAUGUCGGUGCGAUUGAAGAGAAAGUGGUCGCUUUGGGCAUGGAUGAGUGUUUGAAGUUGCUCAAGGCUGCUCUGCAAUCUAAGACUGUACUCACUGAUGUCUUCUUGCCGAGACCAUCCGAAACUGAGGAGUCAAUCGAAACGAGUGGGACGUCUGAAAGGCCAAAUGAAGGCAGUUCUGUAAUUCUGCCCGAUUGAUCUUUACCCGCAAGAAACUCUGGGAUUAUUCGUCCGAAAAAAGUCAAAUCUUGCGUGGCAAGAAAAACAAAAAAAAAAAAGGAUGAUUUUAUUAUCUAGGAAAUGGAGUGUGCAUUAAUUGCUGAAGUAGUACCUUUAAAGGGAGUUAUUUUGGGUGAUGAGUAGUCUUGCUUCCUAUUUAGAUUGUUUAUUCCAUUAUGGUAUCAAAUGACAUACUUCUAGUAACCCAAAUUCCUUUAAUGCCUGUGGUCUUGAAAAUAACAAUAUCUGCAGUUUUCUCAA